CCAUUAAAAAUCCUAAGUGGAGAAAAGCAAUGGAAGAUGAGAUCAAUGCACUUGAAAAGAACAAUACUUGGACUUUGGAGACACUACCCCCUGGAAAACGAGCCAUAGGCUGUAAAUGGGUUUACAAGAUCAAAUACAAAGCAGAUGGCACUAUCGAGCAGUACAAAGCACGCCUUGUUGCAAAAGGAUUCACCCAAGUUGAAGGAUUAGACUACCAUGAUACUUUUGCCCUAGUUGCCAAGCUGGUCACUGUUCGAUGCUUACUUGCUGUUGCUGCAAUUCGCAAUUGGGAGUUACAUCAAUUGGAUGUUCACAAUGCCUUCCUUCAUGGUGACCUUGAUGAAGAAGUUUACAUGCAUCUACCCCCAGACCUCAUUGUGAAAAGAUUAUUUGUUGAUUCCUCUUCUGUGACCUUGAGUGUGAAGAAUUCUCCAUUGAUCUUCACUGUGAAAGACUUGGAUAUAGAUUCUAUGGAUGGUGUGGUGAUUAAGAAUCUUGCUGCAUCAAAUCUUUUCUUGUUGAUGGUGCUAUCAUCUAGAGUUAUAAAGGUUCCCCAUAAUCUUCCAAAUGUCUGGAAGGUCUCCAAUUUCCAAGCGUACGGUGGGAGUCCCUGGCAUCGGAUCCAAGCAAACCUCUCCGUUGCUACCAGAAAGAAUACCCCUUCCAUGAAGAAUUUCUCUUGCAAAUUGGGUAUUAGGUUUACCGAAUGCACUGUGCCUACAAAACACUUUUCCAGCCAAGCAUAUUCUUCUAGAUUGAAGUUCAACUCCAUGCCUGACCAUUAGUGGUGCUGGUGUUUUGGUUUCCAUUCCCUUUGUCGGUUUUCGUAAAUGCUGGCCUUGUUGCUUCCAUGCCUCUGAACUAUUCCUUCUUUCCUUCUUUCGAUAUUGGGUCUUUCCUCCCUCUUACUGUUGGCUGUUCUUACAACCUCAGCAUAUGAUGGUCUUCUAUCAUUACCAUUAAUGCUUUGUUGUCUCCGGUUACCAGCCUCGAAAUGGGAUCUAGGAAUCAAUUUUGUUUGACGCU